GCGUGACCGGGGCGGGCGUUGAAGUUGGGUUGAGAAGCUUCGCUCGGUGCACAAUAAACAAACACAGCGGCCCCGACCCGACAAUACGACCCCCGCCCUUAGCGGCUGCUGCAAUAUUAAUUCCACAUUCGCAAGGCGGCGAAAGUUCACCUCCUUGACCCAGGUGGAGCAAAUUUUAAGAAAACAUGUCACGGAGUAACAGAAAUAAUCGUGCCUGGCGGUAUGUGUACAGUGGUGUUCGAGAAGCUGAUACUGUGGCAGUGGUAUUGCCCGAAGGUUCAGCAGGUCCUAACCCUGGCUAUGACUCGGAUGGUCAGCACAGUGAUUCUGAUUCUGAGCCAGAAUUCCACUUGCCGCCAUCAAUACCAACAGCAUUACCGGUGACAGGGGAAUCGUACUGUGGCUGUGUAAGCCAAAAUGACACCAGAUACUGCAGGAGCAUGCGCAGUUUUCAUCGUAUGAAAGAUUGUCACUGUGGAGAAAAAGAUGAAUAUUUUGAAUGGAUGUGGGAUGAUUCAACCAAGUCUUCUAACACACUGUUGAGCUGUGAGAACAGGGAAGUGAAUUUCCACAUGGAUUACAGUUGUGGAACUGCAGCUGUUCGUGGAGACAAGGAAAUGAGUGAGGGACAGCACUUUUGGGAAAUAAAAAUGACCUCUCCAGUAUAUGGUACAGACAUGAUGGUAGGAAUAGGAACAACUGAUGUCAAACUGGACAAAUUUCGCCACACCUUUUGCAGCUUAUUGGGAAAGGAUGAAAAUAGUUGGGGUCUCUCCUAUACAGGUGUUCUACAUCACAAAGGUGCUAAGAGUCACUUCUCAACAAGAUUCGGUCAGGGCUCCAUCAUAGGUAUUCAUCUGGAUACGUGGCAUGGUGUCUUGACGUUCUUCAAAAACAGGAAAUGCAUAGGAAUGGCAGCCACCAAACUGCAAAACAAAAAGUUUUUUCCAAUGGUUUGUUCAACUGCAGCAAGAAGUAGUAUGAAGGUGAUACGUUCAUGUUUCUCCCCGACUUCUCUCCAGUAUCUUUGCUGUCUGCGGCUCCAACAGCUCGUGCCUGAACACAUUGACAAAUUGGAGGUUCUUCCGCUACCCCCAGGUCUGAAGCGCAUGCUCCGCAAUCAGUUGGGUUGGGUUCUCUCAAUGAAUCAAGAAAGCAGUGGCAAUGAGACUGCAAACAACUCAUCGGGAAGCGAUUCUGACAGCUCUUCCACAGCAGACGCGGAAACUUGCCAACGGAAAAAAUGUCGAUGGACUUAACACAUCUGGGUUGAUUCCUUUUUAAAUCAUGACUAUUGCAUGUAUGGCAGUUCAAAUUGUAUUUAGUGUGGACCUGGACCAUUGCUGCUAUACAUGAGAUGUGUAAAGUUCCCAACUUCAUUUUCAAUUGUUCUAGCUCCUUGCAGCAAACUAACGAGGACUGUGUUACUUGUGAACUCAGAUUGGCAGACGUGUAAGAUGAUGGUUUAAGAUGCUGUUCUUCUCAAUAAAGUUACCUGUGUACAAAUUUUAUUUCCUCAAUCUGCACUCUUUUUGUAGGGUAUUUCGUGCUUUCACUUAAAAAUAUUAAAUGAUCAUCUUGUCCAAAA